GUUGCCUCGUUGCGGCUCCUUCUCCUCCUCUGAGGCGAAGGUGGCGGACGGGCCCCGCGGCGCUGAGGGCUUCUGGCCGGCGAAGAUCCCUGGCCGUUUGCUUCCUUCCUCCUCCUCCUCCUUCUCGGCCUUCCCCUGCGGCUUGUCUCGGUCGGGCGCCCCUGCCUUCCCUUCGCCUCGGAGCCCCGAGCCGGGAUGCGCCCCGCCGCCGCGCGCUGCCUGGAGGCGGCCCCGGCGAGGAGGCGGCGCGGGUGAAGCGGCCCCGGAGCGGCGGUGGCGGCGGAGGCAGGGGAGCAGCGUCCCUCGACCCCGGCGGAGAAUGAUGAAGUCCUCUUUACAUGCAGAAGAGGAUGAUUUUGUGCCUGAGCUUCAGAGAAGUAUCCAUCCCCGUGAAAGACCAGAUUGGGAGGAGACCCUCAAUGCAAUGGCAAGAGGAGCAGACAUCCCUGAGAUUUCCGGAGAGUUAUCCUUGCGGACCUGCGGCACCACAGCUAGCAUGAAAGUGAAGAAUGUGAAAAAAUUGUCCUUCACCAAGGGCCAUUUUCCAAAGAUGGCAGAGUGUGCACACUUCCAUUAUGAAAACGUGGACUUUGGCAAUAUACAGCUUUCACUCCCCGAGGAACAGAAUGAAGUAACAAGGAAUGGCUGUGAGUCCAAGGAGCUUGUCUACCUGGUACAAAUAUCUUGUCAGGGCAAGAACUGGAUUGUGAAGAGGAGUUACGAAGACUUUCGAGUGCUCGAUAAACAUCUUCACCUAUGUAUUUAUGAUAGACGCUUUUCUCAGCUCUCAGAGCUACCCCGUUCGGAUGCCCUGAAAGAUAAUCCGGAGCUUGUUACCCAGAUGCUGAUGGCUUACCUGUCCCGACUCUCAGCCAUUGCUGGCAACAAGAUAAAUUGCGGUCCCGCUCUCACAUGGAUGGAGAUUGAUAACAAGGGGAAUCGCCUCCUAGUUCACGAGGAGUCUUCCAUUAAUGUUCCUGCUAUUGCAGCUGCUCAUGUUAUCAAGAGAUACAUUGCCCAGGCAGCAGACGAACUCUCCUUUGAGGUUGGGGAUAUUGUUUCUGUUAUUGAUAUGCCUCCAAAGGAAUUGACCACUUGGUGGAGGGGGAAACAUGGAUUUCAGGUGGGAUUCUUUCCUAGUGAAUGCGUUGAACUGAUUAACGACAAAGUCCCUCAGUCAGUGACCAAUUCUGUACCAAAGCCAGUGUCCAAAAAACACGGCAAGCUUAUUACUUUCUUGCGUACAUUCAUGAAGUCUCGACCAACCAAGCAGAAACUGAAACAGCGUGGGAUCUUAAAGGAGAGGGUGUUUGGCUGUGAUCUUGGAGAACAUCUUCUGAACUCUGGCCACAAUGUUCCCCAGGUCCUCAAGAGUUGCACUGAAUUCAUUGAAAAACAUGGUAUUGUGGAUGGAAUCUACCGUCUGUCUGGGAUCGCAUCCAAUAUCCAAAAAUUACGGCAUGAGUUUGACUCCGAACAAAUCCCCGACUUGACAAAAGAUGUCUAUAUUCAGGAUAUACACUGUGUGGGUUCACUCUGCAAACUUUAUUUUCGAGAACUCCCCAAUCCUCUGCUCACCUAUCAGCUCUAUGAGAAAUUUUCGGAUGCUGUAUCUGCUGCUACCGACGAAGAAAGACUGGUGAAAAUCCACGAUGUCAUCCAGCAGUUGCCACCACCACACUACAGGACCCUGGAGUUCCUUAUGAGGCAUUUAUCACACCUGGCUGAAUAUUGUGCCAUCACAAACAUGCAUACCAAGAACUUAGCCAUUGUCUGGGCACCAAACCUACUAAGAUCAAAACAGAUAGAAUCUGCUUGCUUCAGUGGAACAGCAGCUUUUAUGGAAGUACGAAUCCAAUCAGUGGUGGUGGAAUUCAUUCUCAAUCACGUGGAUGUCCUUUUCAGUUCUAAACUCAGCUCUGUCAUUCGAGAGAGUGCAGGUCACAGUUCCUUGUCACGCCCUAAAUCUUUGCUGGUGUCGUCUCCCUCGACAAAGCUGCUUACCUUAGAGGAGGCCCAGGCAAGGACUCAGGCACAGAUCAAUUCUCCAGCCCUGACAGACAGCAAGUACAUCGAAGUAGGAGAAGGACCCGCUGCUUUGCAGGGGAAGUUCCAUACCAUCAUAGACUUCCCCUCUGAAAGAAAGAGGCCUCCCAGUAAGAUGAAAAAAUCCCCCGUUGGCAGCUGGCGCUCCUUCUUUAACCUGGGAAAAUCAUCCUCUCUUUCCAAACGGAAACUGCAGCGCAACCCAAGCGAGCCAUCCGAAAUGAAGGCGAUCGCUCUGGCAGGAGGAAGAGGAGACAGUGGAACCCUGCGCUCCGCCAAGAGCGAAGAGUCUCUUUCAUCGUUGCAUGCAAUAGAUGGUGAGUCUAAACUCUUUCGACCCCGAAGGCCAAGAUCGAGCAGCGAUGCUUUGUCCGUUUCUUUCAACGGGGAAUUGUUGGGAAACAUGAAUCGCUGCAAUUCUUACGACAAUCUUCCCCAGGACCAAGAAAGCGACGGCGACGAGGGACACCUGCAGGUCCCUGCCCUCAUUUCUCCCAGGUCGGCAGAGGACGUCGACCUGAGCCCGCCGGAGAUUGGGGUGGCUAGCUUGGAUUUCGACCCAAUGUCUUUUCAGUGCAGCCCCCCCAAAGCAGAAUCCGAGUGUCUCGACAGCAGCACCUCCCUGCUGGAGUCAGUGGACUACAACAAGGAUAAGCCAAGCCUCUUCAAGAAAGAGCUGGACUCGGGCAGCCAAUCUCACACGCCCUGCAGCGCCACCAGCUCGGAACCAGUUUCUCCUUACCAAGAAAAAAACCCAAGUCCCUUCUUCACCCUGGAUUUGAGGCCCUCUGAAGAGAGACCCUCAAAAAUCCUGUCUUUCUCCGAGAAGCUCACCUGUGCCUAUUCCCCCAAGUCGGGCCAAAAGCCAGUCAAGUCUCCACCUGUCGCGGGAUCGGAGCCCGUUCCUUAUUCUGCCCCCAGCCGAAUGCCAGACGUGGUCACUGGAGGAGUGUCAGAAAGCGUUGGCCCUUUGGAUUGGGCUAAAAAUACCGCCGACGGCAACGAAGCAUCAAGCAUGUCCCUCUCCCAGCUCAUGGUGUCACCUCUGAGAAGCAAUGAGAGUAGGCACGGUGAAGAGCACCAGCAGGAACUCCAGAACGCGGGAGAUACCAAGAAAGCAGAGCUUCAAGAAGAGGUGGAUCCCCUUACGCUCAGCAGCGGCCAGAGUAAGCCUGUACCUUCUGGACUGACACAGCCAGGAGCCGUUGCCCUUGCCACCCCCCAGGAUUCUGCUCCAGUCAAUUCUGUUUCUGUUGUCCCUCCUCCACCUCCGAAAAAUGCCGCCCGCAUCCUGGCUCUUGCUCUGGCCGAAUCUGCCCAACAAGCUUCUGUUCAGUCUCAGAAGAAACCCGAUAUUUAUUCAGACUGUAACAACUGCGGGAAAAGUGAAAGCGCGGGAACUCUAGAAAAAUUCCACCCGUAUCCCGGCUCUGCUUCAGAAAGGCUCCAGUUCUAUGCUCCUCUGCCAGAGAACCCGCUCAGUUUUCAGAUGGUUGGGGACCUUCAAAGAAGCGGGCUGCCCUCAGUUCAGGGCCCCCAAAUCAGUGGCGUGUCCGAAGGCGACAACCAUCUCCACGUUGUCACAUCUGAACAUCGGGACCACGCCACUUUCUCUAACAACAUGGCAGGGGACCUUCACGGUGGUACUAACAUGGUCUGGGACCACUCCCACUUCUAUCCAUGUACAGUGGGGGACACUCACCUUCUCACUCAAUCUUUUGCCUCGGAAGAUCAGAGUCAUCUUCAUUCCUGUCCUGGACGAGCUGUUCAGGCCGAGCCACCUACAGCGGAGAUACCCCCAGAAAGUCCUCCUCUCCAUGCUGGGAUCCCUUUGGAUAAGAACCCAAUCCAGGCCACCAAGAUUCAUCUUCCCCUCUGUAAAGUGGAGGACAGACUCCUUCCCUUCCCUCCGGUCCCUCCUGGGGAGAAAAACGUCCCCGAUGACCUGGCCUGCGUAAUAAAGAACUACCCGGCAGCUGCCAAACCUAAUCCUGGCAUGUCCAGACAGAACAUCCCCCCUCAGCCUUCUACAGUCACCAGCAACAUUUCAUGGGGGGAAGCAGCUCUUCCUGCAGGAAGCCACCAAGUUCUACCCGUGAGACCAGGGGACCAGCCAGCUGUGGGACAGACUCCUCCUAAGAAACCUUCCGGCGGCUUCAGUCAGGUACAAGGAGAGGCAACUCCAGACAAAUUGCUGGAGCCUAGAACAGCUGAGUCAGCUCCCGUCGUGGGGGCUGAGGCCAGUGCUACAAUCCAGUGCACUUCAGCCACCCCAGUGGCUCUGUUUCAUCAGGGACAUUUGGAGAAACCCCGAGAAAACAUCAGGGCUCCACCUUUACAGAUGAGGUCCGAAUCUGUCCCAGCUCAAUCAUCGUACGCUUUCAUGCCUCCAGUGCCGCCUGUGAGGACAAUGGAGAGCAAACUUGCAGCCGCCAUGCAUUCCAACAGCACCGAUACGAUAAACCCUGCCCAUUUCCAUGCUUUUAUGGCUUCUUCCUCAUUGCCGUUGUCAGCAGAGGAUGUGUUGGCAACCUCUACCCUGUCUAAGCAAACAUCCCUUCCAUCAGCCUAUUUCCUUCCCUCCAAGUCAGAAAGCACGCCGGAGGCUCCAGCGCAUCCCAAACCCUCAUCGGCUCAUCAGUACAGGGCUGAAAAUAGCCAGCCCCACCUUUUUCACAGCAAGUCUGAGCAGCAUCCGGGCUACCCUUCUCUUUCGGAGGCCCCACCUUCCUUAGGGUCCCGAUAUAACGCAUACACCAAUCAAGGAAAGAGCCCGUAUGUUCAUUAUGCCAAGCCUCGCAGUCGGAUCGAAUAUCUGUCUUCCCUAAGCCCAACGAUGAGCAGCAGUUGCGCGGAGGAAGCCCCACCCUACCCCACCAUCCGGAGGGUGCAUUCUCUGCAUGUGUCCACCCCCUCCGCCAUCCGAUCAGUUCCCAUCUCCCGCACUGAGGUGCCUCCUGAUGACGAUCCCCUUUAUUGCCCUAGACCCCUCCUCCAGUACAAGCCAUAUCAGCCCCACGGAGAUUAUCACGUCACUCAGUUGCAACCUUAUUUUGAGAACGGCCGGGUUCAUUACCGAUACAGCCCGUACUCAAGUUCCUCCAGCGUUUCUUGUUACACUGCAGGCGAGGGUGGAUUUUACGACUUGGACCCUUACGGUACAGUGCGUUUGAGGCAGUUCCAUCCUCUCCCAGGCAAAGAUUUUCCAUCCUACUCCAAGUUACCGACCAAGAACCUCUAUCGCUGUCCUGGUUUACCACCCUACCCUCGGGGAGGUCUUCCUGGGCAUCUAGCUGGCAAAGAGCAUAGUUUCAUUAGCAGGGACGUGCCGCCUGCCCCUGAUGUCAAACCCAUGUACGUCUCCUGGGACUUGGAAGAUAUGGAGAAAUACUGUAUGCAGUCCAUCCGCCGAGAGAGCCGUGCCCGUCAGAAAGUCAAGGGACCAGUCAUGUCCCAGUAUGACAACGUAGCCCCUUUGUUGCAAGAGGAGGUACGUGCCACAGACAUUGUUCACUUGCGCAGCAAAUCUGAUCCUGGGAAAACUGGACUCCUCACUGUUGCUGACGGGAAAGAAGGGAGAUACCUAAGCAAGGGAGGGGCACCCGAGGGAGAGGAACACUACUAUGGACCCCAGCCAGAACCGGACGUUGACAGAGCCCAUUACCGCGGAGGUUAUGGGAACGGACAGUCAGAGAAACCUCUGCUCCCUCAGAAACAAAGCAGCCUCAGGAGCAGGAAACCGCCCGAGGCUGGUUGUAAUUCCAUUGAGCACAGAAUGCACCUUGCACACGAAGCAGCCCACAGGCAGCCGCCAGAUGCUAAAAAUGCCCCUUCCUACCCUGAUUACCGACCAAAGGGCCACCCGCCAGAACCCACGGAAACCCUGAUAUAUCAGCACUCGGGUGGGAAAUACAUCCCGGCCAAUCAUGACGUGUUGAGACUGAACCAUAAAGAGGCGAAGCUGGCCGAGGACGGAGAGCGGGCUCGGUCACGACACCCGGCUGCUCCAGCUGAAAAGCACUCCAGAGACUGCUAUAAAGAGAGUGAGCACUACGGGCAGCCUCCGGGCCCACCGCCGAAGCCGGAACGGAGCCACAGCCUCCGGUUCCAGCACUCUGAGAGCACACAGCGGGAUGCCAGUCUCCUAUACCCAUACCAAACCCUUGGCAAACGCCAAAGUACGACUGUGGUAUCCCAGUAUGAUAAUUUGGAUGAUUACCGUACCAUGCCUCAGCACCAAAGAGGGGGAUACUCUGGAGGAGGAGGGGGAGUGGCACCUUCUUUUCCUCAUCCACAUAGUAGGACUUAUGCCACAGCUUUGGGCCAAGGGGCGUUCCUACCGUCUGACCUUUGCCUUCAGCGGCCAGAGACGGAAGUCCAUGCAGAGUGAGCUCGGGGAGGGGGCGAAGGGAUAGAGUGUUAGCAGCCUCUGCUGGACAGUGGACUGGUUUAUUUUUUCAAUGAUGCACAAACAUGCACACGAACACACAAAAGCAACUCCUUCCAUUAGCCCCGUUGCGUUUCUGCUCCGUCCGGUCCUCAUGCCGCUUAUAGGGACAUUUAAAAACAAAACAACAACACUAAAGGCAUAGUUUUAUCCCGUCGUUUAAAAUGUAGCUUGCAGCAGCCACACACGGGCUUAUUUUUUGUUGUUAAAACUUGAAGACGCAACCGUUCUCCAGGAAGAGCAGCAUUAAGGAUGAAGAGAGAGAUGGGUCGCACUGUGAAUGAUGCUCAGUUUCCAUAGAUUUCAACUCACGGCGUUUCCCUUUUAGCGGUCCCCAUCCUUUAAAGCCACACGCAUGAUGUACGUAUCGAUAGGCUAACCCAGACGUUUCUUCUCCAGGCAAAAAGUCCCUUGUUACGUGAUCGUUUAGAGGAAGUUUUUUAUGGAAUGCCAAGCUUUAGUAAAUAUUUUAACUUGGUCCUUUCAGGUUUUAUGCCUCAAAUUCCAGGAGAGGUGGGGGGGGGGGAUGAUUUUUGCAUUGUGUGCUAUUCUCCCUUUAAUUAUACUACCACGUCUGAUCACUUUUUUGCACCCUCAAUUUUGUUUUCCCUAUUUGUCAAGGUGCAAGCCAGUCACCUGUUGGGCGCCUGGUAUCAGUAAGAAGGUAGUGAGGUCUCAGGCAUGUUACCUGGUUUCAUUUCCCCAUGAAGAAAUCUGUAAUAAACUGCUUCAUAUAUUUGGAGAAGUGAGAGUGAGUGGGGGAGGGAGGGUACUGUUCAUACGUUACAAAUUGAGCUAUGCUUUGCCAGACCUACAGGCGGUGCCUGUAUUAUCUCAUAAAGGGAAUCAUCCUGAACAUCUUUUGCGUAUUUUGCAAAAGCUUCUGAAAAACAGAAUAUCCAGAAUAUUUUUCUCCUGCAUGAGAGCCAUUGAAAAGCGUGAUGCUGGGUUCCACCCCCCCCCCCCCAGAAGUCACGGA